AUGCACAACCGGACUCUGGAGCAACAGGGACUGAAUUCAAGUGAGUACACCUCAAACGGAUCUGCCUUCCCUGAGAUGAGCACAUCUGGCAUGGGGAAGGGGAAGGCCAGCUACCCUUUGUACAGCUUGUUCUUAUAUCGAGAGGGCCACGCCUGGGGAGGCAGCAGCAGUGAGGAGGAGGUGAAGAGGGGUCUCUGUGGGACUGUGCCUGUCCUCUAUAUCCCGGGAAACGCGGGCUGCUACAAGCAGGUGCGUUCCCUGGCGUCUGUCUCUCACCACAUCUACCACGCCUCUCAUGCUCAACACGAAUCAAGGGACAGCCCUCCCUGCUUCACCUUUUUCCUGUCCCCUCUUCUCCCAAUCAUUCAUUCAGGGACAGCCCUCCCUGCUUCACCUUUUUCCUGUCCCCUCUUCUCCCAAUCAUUCAUUCAGGUGCGUUCCCUGGCGUCUGUCUCUCACCACAUCUACUACGCCUCUCAUGCUCAACACGAAUCAAGGGACAGCCCUCCCUGCUUCGCCUGUGGAGAAGAGCCAGACACAGCAACUCUGGCAGCAGCAGCAGACUCAGAUGGAAGGAAAGAGGCAGGGGAAACGAGAGGAGAAGGUGCCACCGCAGCAGCAGCAGGACCAGGAGAAGGAGGGGGGAAUGUAAUAGGAUCAAGGAAUGGAGGGCAGGGAUCUGCGGCGUAUCCAUCUCGCCUGGCGUGGUUCUCGGUGGAUCUGAGGGAGCACCUGACUGCCCUUGACAGCGCUCUGCUUCUCCGGCAGUCAGCCUUCGUUGCUGCUGCUGUCAAAGAGGUGGGGUGCUCAAGCAUGUAUGCAUGUGUGCGCGUGCUCUGCACAUGUGCGUGGGUAUCAGCAGCAUACCCAUCUCGCCUGGCGUGGUUCUCGGUGGAUCUGAGGGAGCACCUGACUGCCCUUGACAGUGCCCUGCUGCUCAAACAGGCCGCAUUCGUUGCUGCUGCUGUCAAUGAGAUCCUAUCGCUCUACAGGUCCUCAUGUGCUUCCAUGCCCGCCCGCCCGUCCUCUGUGCUGCUAGUGGGGCACUCUAUGGGGGGGAUAGUCGCCCGCCUGGCCCACAGGAGGCUGCAAGGGGGAGGAGAUGCGAAAGAAGGAGAGAAAAUGGAGGGGGAGGGAGAGGUGAAGGAGUGUGCGUGGAAGGGGGAGGCGCGAGAAGGAGGAGGAGGGCAGGAGGAGCAAGAGAGGGGGCAAUGCACGCGGGACGGACCGCAACAGCCAGUGCAGACCAUAAUCACCAUCGCCACACCACACAGCCUCUUCCCUCUCCCCUUGCAGCCAUCCAUGCUCGCGCUUUACCACUCCCUCACCCGCCACCCUUCCCAGCACUCUCCCUCCUCCCCACUUCUGCUCGCAUCGCUUGCUGCUGGCCGGAGUGACUGGCAGGUCCGUUCAUGGGCGGCAGCAGUACCACCGUCCCCAGAUACCACCUCCCUGCACCUCUCGUUCAGCACAGCCCCUCACGUGUGGCUCUCAGCAGGGCACGAGCAGGCAGUGUGGUGCAACCAGCCUGUGGCUCAGCUGUCUCAUGCCCUCCUAGCCCUGGUCAACCCACACACAUCCCAGCCAUUCUCCUCCCCCAACACGCGCCGUGCAAUCAUCUCCUGCCACCUGUCCGCCUCACCUCUCCUCCUCCGGCCCUUGCUGCUUGGAUCGCCAACUGUUGGAGCUUCACCGAAUGAGCCUAGCUUACAACAGACAGAACAGCAGAAUCAGCAGCAACAGCAGCAGCAGCCGCAGAAGAAGCAGAAUCCGCAGAAGCAAGGGCAACGGAGUGAUGGGCACACAGCAGUGCAGCUGAAUUCAGCCCCAUUCGUGCACAAAUGGGCUUCCCACGCCCAGCAAUCACACUCCUUCCACAACAACCUGCCUAUUGAAGCACUAUCACUCAACCCAGCAGGCAGCAGCAGCAGGGCCCUCGUUCUUCUAUCGAAUGUUCUUCCAUGCGAUGGCUUGAAUCUCACCCUCGUUAUAAGCACACAGCAGGGGUAUGUGGAGGAGAGGCAUGAAGAGGGUACCCUCGAUAGAAGAAAACAGGAGGAGAGGAGACAGGGAGAUGAUAAGAAGGGGAAAGGGGAGGAAGUGGGAGAGGGAGAGGAUGACGUGUCUAUCACCGGCAUCACAGCAGGUCACAGGGCAGGUGCCCCAGCCGUCCCCUCUUGCCCUGCUCAUGCUGCCUCUGCCCUCGCCUCCCCUUGCUCCCUUUGGCUCCCCUUGCUUCCCCUCGCCUCUCCUUGCCUAUUUCCCUCCCAGUCCCUGCCAGUAUCACCGGCAUCACAGCAGGUCACAGGACAGGUGCCCCAGCCGUCCCCUCUUGCUCUGCUCAUGCUGCCUCUGGAGAUAGCAGUUGGGGGUGGUGGUGGUGUGAGAAAGGCCACUUUGCGCGUGAAUAUCAACACCAACACCAAGGGCAAGCCUCGCCCCCCUCUGCACUUCCUCUCUGUGGAGCUGGCACCACUCAAUCUCCACGCUCCACUCACUCCCUCCUUCUCUUCCUCCUCCUCCUCCUCCUCCUCCUCCUCCUCCUCCUCCUCCUCCUCCUCCGCCUCCUCCUCCUCCUCCUCCUCCUCCUCCUCCUCCUCCUCCACCACCACCUCCUCUCCAUCAAGACGGGAGUCUUUUCUAACCCCAUCCCCUCUCCCCGAUUCCAUCCCCUCUCCCCGAUUCCAUCCCCUCUCCCCGAUUCCAUCCCCUCUCCCCGAUUCCAUCCCCUCUCCCCGAUUCCAUCCCCUCUCCCCGAUUCCAUCCCCUCUCCCCGAUUCCAUCCCCUCUCCCCGAUUCCAUCCGCUCUCCCCGAUUCCAUCCCCUCUCCCCGAUUCCAUCCCCUCUCCCCGAUUCCAUCCCCUCUCCCCGAUUCCAUCCCCUCUCCCCGAUUCCAUCCCCUCUCCCCGAUUCCAUCCCCUCUCCCCGAUUCCAUCCCCUCUCCCCGAUUCCAUCCCCUCUCCCGAUUCCAUCCCCUCUCCCCGAUUCCAUCCCCUCUCCCCGAUUCCAUCCCCUCUCCCCGAUUCCAUCCCCUCUCCCCGAUUCCAUCCCCUCUCCCCGAUUCCAUCCCCUCUCCCCGAUUCCAUCCCCUCUCCCCGAUUCCAUCCCCUCUCCCCGAUUCCAUCCCUUCUCCCCGAUUCCAUCCCCUCUCCCCGAUUCCAUCCCUUCUCCCCGAUUCCAUCCCCUCUCCCCGAUUCCAUCCCCUCUCCCCGACUCGAUCCCCUCUCCCGCAUUCCAUCCCCUCUCCCCCAUUCCACCCCACUCUCCCCGAUUCCAUCCCCUCUCCCCGGUUCCAUCCCCUCUCUCCGAUUCUAUCCCCUCUCCCCGAUUCCAUCCCCUCUCCCCGAUUCCAUCCCCUCUCCCCCAUUCCAUCCCCUCUCCCCCAUUCCAUCCCCUCUCCCCCAUUCCACCCCCUCUCCCCCAUUCCAUCCCCUCUCCCCCAUUCCAUUCCCUCUCCCCCAUUCCACCCCCCUUUCCCCCAUUCCACCCCCUUUCCCCCCAUCCCCAGGAGCGCAGCCGAAUCACACCAGGUGCCACCCUGCUGUUGCUACCCUGACAUCUGCUCACACUGCUGUUACAGCAGCAUCUGAGGCUGCAGCAGCCAGUGGUGGCGACCAGAAUAGCUGCACAAGCCGUGAAGGCGGCUAUAAGAUUCCUCUGAGAGAAGAAGUGACUACCCACGGUGCAGGGAGCUAUAAGAUCCUCUCCACUCAGACAUUCCACCACUCCACAGUCCUUGAAUUUGACUCUCCUCCACCACACCUCACUCGCCCCUCCUGCCACCACUGCCACUAUCAUCACAAUUGCGCUCUUUCUCAGCACUACAAUCACCACAGCAGUUGCCACCACUGCCACUGCCGCUCACACAAGAGCGAGCAGGGAGGUGGGGGAGCAGAGGGACGCAGCAGCUCUUGGUGUGAGAGCGAUGGUUCAGAGGAGGAGGUUAUGCAUCGGGGCGGAGAGGACGAGCUCCCCCACCUCCCUCCUCGCUCAGAGGAGGUCAUGCAUCGAGGCGGAAAGGACGAGCUCUUUUUGAUGCUGCUGGCGGAUCCCUCCUGUCCCUCCUCCCUCCUCAUCUCCGUUGAUCUUCCACGCUCCCUCACCUCCCUCUGCCUUCCUGCCUUGCUCAUUGCCUUUAGUUCCCACUCCUUCUGUGCACCCCCAUCCCCUCCCUCCAGGCGGAUCCAUCCUGCCCCUCCUCCCUCCUCAUCUCUGUUGACCUUCCUCGCUCCCUCACCUCCCUCCUCCUCUCCUCCCUCCCUCUCAUCAUCGGCUCGGCACUCUCCCUCGCUCUCUGCACCUCCUCCUACCUCUUCUCUCACUCAUUCACCCACUCCUCUCCCUCUCUCCACACUCUCCCUUCCCUCCUCUCUCUCAUCGCCUCUUCCCCCUGGCCCUCUUUUUCUAGCCCUGUCUCACGCUCCCUCCUCUCCUCAAUCAUCAUCUUCUCUCUCCUACACUCCCUCUCUCACUCCUCCCACUCCUCGCUCCCCUUCUCUCACUCACACCAUCUAG